UCCCACUCUUUAUCACACACCAACCAAAUUUUUGAACUCUAUCACUUCUCUUCUUCUUCUUCUCCGACGACAACCGAUCCAUGGCCCGACCUCAACAACGCUAUCGUGGCGUUCGCCAACGACAUUGGGGCUCUUGGGUCUCCGAAAUUCGCCACCCUCUAUUGAAGACGAGAAUAUGGUUGGGGACGUUCGAGACGGCGGAGGAUGCAGCCCGAGCUUACGACGAGGCAGCACGGUUGAUGUGCGGUCCAAAUGCCCGAACCAACUUCCAAUACAAUCCAAACGAUCAACAUUCCUCAUCCUCCUCUUCUAACCUUCUCUCCGCCGCGCUUAUAGCCAAAUUACAUAAAUGCCAUUUAGCCUCACUCCAAAUCGCCAAAAAACACAUCCACAAACAGCACCCCGCCGGAUUCCAGCCCCCUCCACCGAGCAUUGCCGGACCCACCACCGGUCGUCGGUGGACACCCGAAGAAACGUGGGUCUACUCCGACGAAGGUCAGAUGGAGAUGAAUGACAAUAAUAAUAAUAACAACAUUCAUCAUCAACAAUGCCUUCAACCUCUUGAAGAUGAUCAUAUUGAACAAAUGAUACAAGAACUGCUACACCUCGGAUCAUUCGAAAUUAUUACAUAAUUUUUUUUUUCUUUUUAAUGUUGGGUAGCUCCAAAUUUCCUCUAGAUUUUAGUAAUAUAUAUAUAUACAUAUAUAUGAUGAUGAUGAUUAGAAAUCUUAUGGAAA